AAACCUUGGUUGUACGAAAAUUUUACCAAACAACUUUCAGGUAUUCACUAAAUCAGUGUCUCAUAUCCUUUUUUCUGCUGGGUCCAACUAAGAAUAAUCUUUUGUGCAGGUGUCUAUCUUAGCAAAUAGGUGGGAAUUAAUUAUAAAUUGUACGAAAGCAUUUCUUAUAUAUGCUCCAUAUUAAAACCAACUAUCUGAUUUGCGAGUCCUCUUUGUUGAAAUUGAUUUAAAUGCAUUAUAUUCCAUGUUAUAUACAUUUUCAAGAAGGGCUAAUGCUGUUUUUAAAGGUUUUCUUUUGGAUAAAAGGCCAUUAUAAUAAAAAAGAAGAAAGUUCGAAUUAACCAUAUGAGUCAUGUUUAAUUUGGUUUGAAAUAUAAUAAAAACUAACUGGAUUGAAAGGUGUUUCCCAAUUAUUUGAUCUACAAGAUUAAUUUUUUUUUCAAAAUGGAGUGGUUAUUUGGUAAGAAAGUUACCCCCGAAGAACUAUUACGUAAAAAUCAAAGGGCAUUGAAUAAAGCUAUGAGAGAUUUAGAUCGAGAAAAACAGAAAAUGGAACAGCAAGAAAAAAAAGUUAUAAUUGAUAUUAAAAAAUUAGCUAAAGAAGGCCAAAUGGACGCUGUAAAAAUAAUGGCUAAAGAUUUGGUUAGAACUAGGAGAUAUGUAAAGAAAUUUAUGUUGAUGAAAGCAAAUAUCCAAGCAGUAUCAUUAAAAAUACAAACCCUUAGAUCGCAAAAUGCUAUGGCACAAGCAAUGAAAGGCGUUACUAAAGCUAUGCAGAGUAUGAAUAAACAACUUAAUUUACCCCAAAUACAAAGAAUAUUACAAGAAUUUGAAAAACAAUCCGAAAUUAUGGAUAUGAAGGAAGAAGUUAUGAAUGAUGCUAUUGAUGAUGCAAUGGAAGGAGAUGAUGAUGAAGAAGAAAGUGAUGCAAUUGUAAACCAAGUUUUGGAUGAGCUGGGUCUUCAAUUGGGUGAUACCCUUUCUGGUUUACCUCAAACUGGUGGAAGUCUACCAGCUACUGGACAAAAACAGCCAUCAGCCGCAGCAGUUAUUGCAGGUGGUUCUAAUGGAGGGAGUGGAACAAGUGGAAAUAAUAAUUCAAACAAUGGCGGUUCAGGUGGUGGUGGGCUUUCAGAUGCUGAUGCUGACCUGCAGGCAAGAUUAGAUAAUCUACGUAGGGAAUAAAAACAGUACUUUUAUAAUUUAUUGGCCGCUUCUUUUGAAUAUCCUGUUUGAUAAACAAACAUAUAUUUGUAAAUAUUUGGAUUUAAACAUUUUGUUACUUGGGAUGUCCCUUAAUACAAAAAUCUCUGGGCCAGAACAGUACUUGUUUAUCAAGAAAAAUGAUAAAAUAUGAGUAGACCAAUAAUUUUGAAAAAUCUGAAAGAUUUAAAGAAUAAUCACCUCUAUAUUUAACACUUAUUUAAAUUAAACCAGGGAUAAUUUCUAACAGAAUAUUGUUAGAUUAACAUACAAUAUUGGUCACUUAUUUACUUGGUAUGAUUUUUUUAUUGUCUCUAAAACAGCAGGAAAAUAUAGUUUGGAAUAAUUGGGUUUGUGAAGUUUGCCCAAGCUACGUUUUAAAAAUCAGGAUUUAUAUUUGAAAAAGUAAAGCUGAGGUCAUAUAUGAAUAAUUCACAUCAAUUAGAAAAUACAAAUUUGAAACAACAUGAAAAUUUGGAAGGAUACAUAUUUUCAAUCAUAAACUUAUUUUGGAUUUAAAGAGAUUUAAGAUAAAAGUCGACGAAGUUAACUGAAUAAAUUGAUAAUUGAUAUCAAGUUAACAGUUAUUUAUUAGAAUUUUUAUUAUAUAGUCGUUCUAGGCCAAAUUUGGUGAAUAUCUCGGAAAAUCGACAUAGCAGUUGCACAAUCACUUUUUCAUUUACAGAAUAUAGUAUUGAGUAAUUCAUCUGAUGCAGGUGGUAAAAUAAUCAUGAUAGGACAGUUUUCUUCUUCAAAUACUGCAGCAAGUUCAUCCAAAUUAGUCAGUUUCUCAAACAAAAUGUGUUCAACAGUCAAGGUAUAAAAAAAUGUUACUUACAAAUGUUGUAGAGAAUUGAAUUCUCUACAAUAUUGAUAAUAAAUACAAAUAGCAGAGAACCCAUAGGAAACGAGAUAUUUGAAAAAAAUUAAGAAAAAAAAAUCGAUUUUUGUGACCUGACUUUAAAACUUGCGACCAUCCAAUUAUAUGUGAAUUUUGAGAAUAGUUUUAGGAUGCCAAAAUACCAAUUUUAAGAGGUAAUAUACUGGGUAUUCCGAUUUUCUGAGGCCAAUCCCCUAUAAUGACUGACUAUAUAAAUAUUGUUAGGAAUAUGUAACUUGAAGUUCAGUUGAAGAUCCGCGGUAUGCGAUCAUGUUUCAUGGUUACUAGUUACUAGUAGUUACUACUCGAACUCAAAUUAGAAAAGUGGUGAUAAAAAAAAGAAAGCUUGAAUGGCUAUCUUCUAAAAUAUAUCUUUAACUGGAAAAACUGAGCUAAUAAAGCAAUUAAAUAAAUAUGUUUGAAGAUUAGAUUAGAUCAGAUUAAAUCAUAAAUAGGUUUCCUCACGUUCAAGUUUUACAAUUAGUAAAAAUAUGUUUUACAAAAGUUGACAAGUAUACCGAAUGAAAAAAUGUUUAGCUAAAAUACUUUAGACAUGAGGGUAUUACAAACUCGAUUAAUAAGUAAAAUUUUCUAAAAUAAAAUGGAAUGAAAAUUAAAUAAGAAAUAUUUGAAAAUUUACAUUUUUAAACAAUACACAUAAAACAUUUUUAACCAUCACUUGGUUUGAGUAGUUUAUAACUUGAAUGUAUAUUUAUCCAGAAGCCCGAAUUGAUAUAUUUUUUAAAAUGAAUUACAAUCAAAAACAAAUUUUUGAGGCAGUGGGGCUUUAUUUUCUAAUAUUUAUAGGUAAUGUGAAAAAGCGAUUAAACGAUUUUCAAUUUUCCAUGUGCUAAACCAUCACUGAAUAAGUCUUGUUACUAAAUAAGAAAACAUUUUUUUUGUCAAAAAUCAAUUUCAUUUAUUAAUGUGAUCUCCUUCAAGACCAAUGCUUCUCUAACUUCUCGAUGCCAUGCUUGUCGAAGUAUUUGUCUUUUGCCUCAAAAUAGACUUAGUUUCAACAAUUGCUUCUUCAUUGCAGCACAAUUAUCAUUUUAAUCAAAAGAAAACCAUUCAUAUUAUCUAUUUUAAUUUUAGAAUGCAUCUUCUUGAGUGAUCUACAUGUGUUUAUAGUUGGCCAAAUUUUUAUAUAAAAUACUUUGAUAUACUCGUACGUUUCUGAUUUACAGAGAUUUUUGAAUUUCAAACUGUAUAGUAGUUUACAAAAUUUAUAUAUUUUAAAGUAUAUAGCUUAUUCACAUUUCUGUUAGAUCUUUUUACAUAAUUUUAAUUUUGCAAAAAAAAAAUAAAUUGAAUAAAACAAA